UUACUUUCUUAACCAAUUAGAUAAAUUUAUCAUUAAAAAAUAAAUCGUUACUCUACUAUUUAUACAAUAUAACCUUUAUAUAUGUAGAGUUACAGACACUUUCCUGGAAAUUAAUAUAUCCCCGAUGGUAGAGUCCCUGAGAUAAGAGCACGUGGUCUAGGGUUCGAAGCUUUUCAUUUUCCUUUUUUUGCUUUUCCUUUGUCUUCAAUCUGAAACUGUAACCCGCCAUGGACGGGGACGGGCCUUCUUCUGGCCGGCGAAAGCUUCGAUUCGCUCCCAAAGCUCCUCAAUCUUCAAGAAAGCCCAAACUCACGGUUACCAAAUCUGAAGCGAGGGAUGAAGAUGGAGAAGCUGCUCAAGCUCAGUAUCUUCUGAGUCGUUUCAACGAGAAUCUAACACGUCAAAAGCCUAAGGUUGAAAAGAAAUCCUCACUGCAAAUUGCAUUUGGUCCCGGAGCCCCAUCAUCCACUUUAUUGAGGACUUAUGGCGCUCAAAAGGGUGAGAGCUCUGGUAAAACAACUGACCCGAGGCAGAGGAGUCCUGAUGAUAAUGAUGGGCAAAUCAUAGGUUCUUUGCCUUCAACUUCCAAGGAUGAUGGCACUGGUGUAUGUUCUUCAGAUGCUAUUGAAGCAUUGGCACCAAAAACCAAGAGAGAAUACAGUGAACCAUGGGAUUACCACCAUACUUACUAUCCUAUUACCCUUCCUCUGAGGAGACCUUGGUCCGGUGACCCUGAACUUCUUGAUCAGGCAGAAUUUGUAGAGGCUGCUAGAAAGGAGUAUGAUGAGAACACUAUUAAUCCUGCUUCAGAUCUUGGACUACUGGAGGAAGGUGAGAAAGGAAAGAUGUUUUUCUUUCAGCUUCCCACUAAUCUUCCCGUACUUAAGCAACCAGCUAGCACCAAGGGGAAAGAGAAGGCUGAGAACUCAGUAUCUUUAGAGAGGUUUGGUGAUUUAAAGAAAGGCUGCCCGUUAGAAGAGUUGCCAGGGGGAUAUAUGGGGAAAAUGCUGGUUUACAAGAGUGGAGCCGUCAAGUUGAAGCUGGGAGAAACACUAUAUGAUGUAUCGCCCGGUUCAGAUUGUGUAUUUGCCCAGGAUGUUGCAGCGCUCAACACCAAAGAGAAACAGUGUUGUGUCGUUGGCAAGCUUGAUAAACGGGUAGUUGUCACUCCGGAUAUUAGUUCUGUCCUAGAUUCUGUGAUUGAUCUGAGCUGAGAACGACACAGGCAGCUAACA